AUUAAUAUUACCAUUCCUCAUCGUGUCACUUGUGUCUACGAGUUUCGAAGCAAGUAUAUCCUUCCCUAAUGAUAAACUGGAUGCCGCGACUGACUGGUUGAACAGAGUUUAUGAAAUGAACAACACUGGAGCGGUUUUGGAUAGAUUUGGUAACAAACAACAAGAACCCACAGAGAGAUUUUGUGUAUCGUUAAAGCAAAGAAACGGCACCUGUGUUGCUAAAGAACUGUGUUUGGAACAUGAACCAGAUGUUGAUCCUACAAAAUUAUUCAUUCCCAGAGAAAGGAGUGCUUGCACCCCAUCUGAGUACUGUUGCUUUAAGAGUUCGUUAACAAAGGCUAGAGAAGUACCUGGGGAGACUUCCAACAAGUCUGGUACAGGACGUAAGUCGUGUUUGACUGAUAAAAGUGAACAAGGAGUAUGUGUCAGGAAGUCAUCAUGCGUCAACGCUGUUCAAACAAUUGAUCCUACAAUGAAUUUCAAUCUCAGAGAACGUGACUUAUGCCACUAUCUGGAGACCUGCUGUUUGGAGAAGAAUAUCAAAAGGAAAGCCGUGAAACCGAUGCGCCAACAAAACACUGGCUGCGGCUGGAGCAAUCCUGGAGCUAACGUGUUCAGGAAGAAGAACUCAGCUAUAGGUUUUGCAGAUUACGGAGAAUUCCCGUGGAUGGUGGCUUUGAUCAAGAAGGGGACUGGAAAAGAUGGUUUCAACGAAAGCUACGCUGGUGGAGGAGUUCUCAUCCAUCCAUCAGUUGUCAUGACAGCAGCGCAUAAAGUUGUUAAUUUCAAACCAGAAGAGAUAAAAAUCCGAGCCGGCGAAUGGGAUACUCAAACAGAUAAAGAAGUAGCACCUUAUCAGGAGAGAGAUGUUUCCAAGAUUAUAAUACACGAAGGACACAAUGACGAUCAACACAACGAUGUAGCGCUUCUUAUUCUCAAGUCGCCGGUAGAUUUAUCAGAUGCUCCUCAUAUAGCUAUUGGUUGCUUAGCAUCUCGUCUCCCGCCACCUGGAACGAAAUGUUUCAGCAUGGGUUGGGGAGAAGAUUUCCUCAAUGACAACAAAUACGCCGUCGUUUUAAAGAAGGUGGAAUUACCUUUGGUAGAAGCAUCACAGUGUGAGAGUAUUUACAAACGUACGAUUCUUUCGAGUGCUUAUGUCCUGGAUAAAACCUUGACGUGUGCAGGAGGGGAGCAGGGAGUCGAUACAUGUCAUGGAGAUGGAGGAAGUCCACUAGUGUGUCCAAUUAAGGGUCAGCCUGAUAGGUUUGAAGUAGUGGGUCUGGUGGUUUACGGCGUGGCUUGUGGAACUGGAGGUUUACCAGGAGUAUAUCUGAACGUUCCACAAGUUUACAACUGGGUCGGUCAACAGCUCGAAAAGGAAUCAUUAAUAUUACCAUUGCUCAUCGUGUCACUUGUGUCUACGAGUUUCGAGGCAAGUAUAUCCUUCCCUAAUGAUGCACUGGAUUCCGCGACUGACUGGUUGAACAGAAUUUAUGAAAUGAACAACACUGGAGCGGUUUUGGAUAGAUUUGGUAACAAACAACAAGAACCCACAGAGAGAUUUUGUGUAUCAUUAAAGCAAAGAAACGGCACCUGUGUUGCUAAAGAACUGUGUUUGGAACAUGAACCAGACGUUGAUCCUACAAAAUUAUUCAUUCCCAGAGAAAGGAGUGCUUGCACCCCAUCUGAGUACUGUUGCUUUAAGAGUUCGUUAACAAAGGCUAGAGAAGUACCUGGGGAGACUUCCAACAAGUCUGGUACAGGACGUAAGUCGUGUUUGACUGAUAAAAGUGAACAAGGAGUAUGUGUCAGGAAGUCAUCAUGCGUCAACGCUGUUCAAACAAUUGAUCCUACAAUGAAUUUCAAUCUCAGAGAACGUGACUUAUGCCACUAUCUGGAGACCUGCUGUUUGGAGAAGAAUAUCAAAAGGAAAGCCGUGAAACCGAUGCGCCAACAAAACACUGGCUGCGGCUGGAGCAAUCCUGGAGCUAACGUGUUCAGGAAGAAGAACUCAGCUAUAGGUUUUGCAGAUUACGGAGAAUUCCCGUGGAUGGUGGCUUUGAUCAAGAAGGGGACUGGAAAAGAUGGUUUCAACGAAAGCUACGCUGGUGGAGGAGUUCUCAUCCAUCCAUCAGUUGUCAUGACAGCAGCGCAUAAAGUAGUUAAUUUCAAACCAGAAGAGAUAAAAAUCCGAGCCGGCGAAUGGGAUACUCAAACAGAUAAAGAAGUAGAACCUUAUCAGGAGAGAGAUGUUUCCAAGAUUAUAAUACACGAAGGACACAAUGACGAUCAACACAACGAUGUAGCUCUUCUUAUUCUCAAGUCGCCGGUAGAUUUAUCAGAUGCUCCUCAUAUAGCUAUCGGUUGCUUAGCAUCUCGUCUCCCGCCACCUGGAACGAAAUGUUUCAGCAUGGGAUGGGGAGAAGAUUUCCCCAAUGGCAACAAAUACGCCCUCAUAUUAAAGAAGGUGGAAUUACCUUUGGUAGAAGCAAAACAGUGUGAGAGUCUUUACAAACGUACGAUUCUUUCGAGUGCUUAUGUCCUGGAUAAAACCUUGACGUGUGCUGGAGGAGAGCAGGGAGUCGAUACAUGUCGUGGAGAUGGAGGAAGUCCACUAGUGUGUCCAAUUAAGGGUCAGCCUGAUAGGUUUGAAGUUGUCGGUCUGGUGGUUUACGGCUUGGAAUGUGGGACUGGAGGUCUGCCAGGAGUAUAUCUGAACGUUCCACAAAUUUACAACUGGGUCGGUCAACAGCUCGAAAAGGAAUCCUACGAAAAGACUUCAUACGUUUAUUAA